AACACUUGUAGUUCAUUUUGCCUCGAAGCCUCCAACAUGGAGAGUGGCACAUGUGAAGCUGGCUAUUAUUGCCCAACAAACAUCACAAAUACGUUUCUACCAAGUGAUCUUGCACGUAUCGGUUCAUACGGACCAAAACAGGUCCCGUGUCCUGGUGGUCGGUACAGAAACACGACAGGAGGGACAAUGGUGGACGAUUGUGACGUUUGCCCCCCUGGUUAUUACUGUCCCAUUGGAAGUAUAUUCCCCAUCAACUGCCCACAAGGAUAUUAUUGUUAUGAAAACUUAGACCUUCCUCUGCCUUGUCCUAAGGGAACAUAUGGGACGACCAACAAGCUCACGAACAUCACGGAAUGCAAGGAUUGUGACCCCGGAUAUUAUUGCGACUCCCUUGGUAUGAUAAACGUACGUGGUGAAUGCGACGCGGGGUAUAUUUGUUAUGGAGGGGCUUCGACUUCCAACCCGAACGAUAACAGUACGGGUGCUGUGUGUCCUGUGGGGGGGUACUGCCCUAUGGGUUCUUGGAAUGCGACGGCGUGCCCUCCUGGUUCGUUUAGCAACUCCCCGCGACAAACUGACGACAGCGAUUGCAGGCCGUGCACUGCCGGGUUCUACUGCGCCAACUCUGCCCAACCGGAGCCCACGGGCCCGUGCGCUGAGGGACAUUAUUGCAACCAGGGUUCAUCGAGUGAAUUCCAGAACCCAUGCCAGCCAGGAACUUACUGUAAGCAACAAUCCACCUCGGAAACUCCUUGUCCCAUUGGUACGUACCAACCCAGUGAACAGAGCUCGAAAUGUCUUGCUUGCAUAGCUGGAAGAACUUGUCCACGUGAAGGGAUGAACUUCACCUUAUCCUGCCCACCAGGUAGUUACUGUCCCUCCCCCAACCCAUUUGUAAACUUCACUUACAACGAAACAGCUACAGACUUUGUUGGAACAUUUAAAGAAUUAGGAGAGUUAUGUCCGCCUGGUUCCUACAACCCUCAAGCCGACUCCCCCACAAUAGCUUCGUGUCUACCUUGCCCAGUAGGAAAAUAUUGUAGCUCGCUCGGUCUUAGAGCGCCAGAAGGAGAUUGUUCAGCUGGAUAUAUUUGUUAUAACGGUUCAAAUGUCAAUCAACCUUCACAGGAUAAUUCAACAGGUGUGCAGUAACUUAGUUUACCAAUAAUGGGUUCAUAAUA